AUGAAAGUCUGGAAUAUUCUUAAUGGACACAAUCUCAAGCAGGUUGUACAAUUUAAAACUCGAGGAGAAGCCACGUUGGACCUGAUCCUAACGAACAUUGAAAAUUAUUACUGUGCACCAUCCUGUUUAGCUCCACUUGGUAAAAGUGACCAUUCAUGCAUCCUCUGGAAGCCAAAUAUAAAGACCACCAUCAACAAUGUAAGAAGGUUAACAGUACGUCCAUUUUACCCAUCUAGGAUAUGCAACUUCGGCCGCUGGGCCUCGUCACAGAAAUUGGAAGAAGUCAAGAACUGUACAACAACACAAGAAAAAAUGGACACGUUUUAUGGACUGUUAAACAUUGCUAUUGAUGAUUACUUCCCCACCAAAGUGAUUAAAACCCACAAUACAGACAAACCAUGGAUUACUCAGCAUUUACGGUCAUUAAUUGAUAAACGUCAAGUUGCCUAUGUAAAAGGUGAUUCAGUAGAAUGGAGAAAAUUUAGAAAUAUUGUUAAACGUGAAGUUUUAAAGGCUAAACACAUAUACCAUAUUGAACGUGUAAAACAUUUACAGCAUAGUGAUGAUCCACAUAAGUGGCAUAGGCAAAUUAAAUCUAUGACCAAUACUCGAAAUUCAACUGAUCUUAAUCUUGUAAUACCUGGUAUCCCUUCGGCUGAUCACUGUGGCAUUGCUAAUGCAAUUAAUGACCGUCUCACUAGGUUUGGCGCUAAUUUGCCAUUGUUAAAUUACGGUAAACCUCCUGCAUAUUUACCUUCAGACAAGCCUGCACCUCGGGUACAACCGUGGGAAGUCUAUAAUAAGUUAAAGAAAAUUAAUCCAAAGAAAGCUGGAGGCCCUGAAUCUAUUCCCCCUAGAAUCUUGCGAGAAUUUGACCCUGAAUUGAAAAGUAAACUUCCAUUAACAGUGGAAAAAACUAUUGUGGUACCCAUUCCAAAGGAACAACCACCUAGAGUUGACAGGUUGAGGCCCAUUUCACUUACCUCUGUCUUUGCUAAGAUAGCAGAAGAGUUUGUUUGUGAUUGGAUCUUAGCUGAUAUACAACCAAAAUUAGAUAUUCGACAGUACGGUAAUGUGAAAGGUGCCUCAACCAGCCACUACCUUAUUCGUCUUAUUCAUGACCUGAGCUAUGCAGCUGACAAAAGUCGCAACAUUGGCACGAUCGUACUCACGGACUUCACUAAAGCAUUUGACCUUAUUGAACACAACAUCUUAAUUAAUAAAUUUAUCAACAUUGGAGUCCGUGGGUCGAUCAUCCCAUGGAUUUGCGACUUUCUCAGCUGCAGAGAACAGUGUGUCAAGUAUAACAACACUUUAUCUAAUUUUAUAUCGCUCAAGGAGGAAUACCCCAAGGCACAAAACUUGGACCUGUUGGCCAACAGGAAACUGUUUAUGCUCCGAAAUCUUAAGAAAUUUGGACUUGAUAAACAAGAACUUAGAGCAGUUUACACAGGGUAUAUCAGACCAAUAUUAGAAUAUGCUGAUGUUGUGUGGCACCCUGGCCUCACUCAAGAUUUAAGUAACACUAUUGAAGCGAUACAGAAAAGGGCAUGCCAUAUAAUCUUAGGCAAACAUUUCAAUUCUUAUGAACAUGCCUUGGGCAUAUGUGAACUUGAACUGCUCUCGGAAAGGAGGGUGGUACAACUGUCUCAAAUUCGCCAAGGGUCUCACUUUAACCUCACAUUCUUCUGA